UGCAAUAACAUUUAUAAAGAAUAAUAAUUAACUUUAUUACAAUAAUUUAACCUAACAUUGUUUCUAUCGUGUUAAACAUUUUAUUAUUAAUUGUUUUAUCGGAUUAAAGAUAUUUACGUAUAAUGGAGUCAACGGAAGAUGUAGAAAUAAAUAUACAGAAAAGGACUUCGGAAGAAAUAGAUGAAAUAUUUAAAUUAGCAAAUAUAAAUGAAUCAGACAUAUCACCAUUAGUACAAACUUUGUAUACAUCAAUGCCACUUAACGAACAAAGUAAUGACUUUAAAGUAUUAGAGCUCGACGAACAUUUACUGGAAUCCCUACAAAUUGGAGACUGCUUAUCAUUUCGUGGUGAUAAUAAAGAAUCGGCUGUUUUAUGCAGUAGUACUAGAACAUACGAAGUGAAAGAAGCCGAGACAUCAAAUACAUGUCUUUUAAUACCCAAUUUAAAGGAUGAAGUAUUAUUGGAAGAAGUGGAAGGUCGGAUUAUUAAGGAAGUAGAAGUUAAAGGAAUGUACAGUACUUACCUUGAGGUAAGAGAGUGCGGUCCCAAAUUGAGUAAAUUGCAAGUUGUAUUGGAACCGUCGUCGUUUAAAGGUUUAGAGUACGAAAAACUAAUAGAUAAAUCCACUCUUUAUGACUGGGAGAGACUGCGAAAUGAAAUACAAGCUAGCGACGGUGAAAUAUUAGAUGCUCUUCCAGAAUAUUUAAUAGCUUGUAUGGAUGGUUAUUAUCGUCUUAUUGGUUUCGAGUUUGAAGCCAGAGCUUUACCUUUGAUGUUAGAUUUAAUUGAAGAAAAUUCUUGGGAAAUCGAUGAGAUUGAUAAGGAAUUUUCUUACGCGUGCUUAGAAGAAAUUGUUCCAAGGCCUAUUUUUGAUGUAUUAUUUAAAAAAUAUACAGUACCAAGUACAAAAACAACAGACGAUGGAACUCAACUAUAUAAGUAUAACGAGGCAAGAUCUAGCAGGCUCUUGGCUCAAAUAUUACUCACCGCGUGUCCAUCCAACAGUUACACUGACUUUAUGGAGGCCUGGAAAAUUGGAAGUCCUGAUAGUAUACAACCAAAAGAGGAAUACCUUCAUGGUAUAGCUAUUGUAAUAUGGAACAGUCAGACUAUUAGAAAAGAGGUUGUUCUAUAUCCAGAAUCAAAUUUACCAGAAAAUAUCAACAAAAGAUUACACGAUCUUUUUAAAGUGAAAGAAAAGUGGACAAUACAGGAAAUAACACCUUAUAUAUCAAAAUAUGUAACGCGCAAGCAAGAUGUAAAUGCUAUUUUAACAAAGUAUACUCGACCAUCCGUAGUUAGUGGAAUAAGAUAUUAUAGCGCAAAACAUGGAAAAUAAGAGUUAUUGUAUUGUAUCUUAUAAGAAAUUAUAAUUUUUUGCAUUUCAAAGAAACAAUUUUAUAU